AUGUACCAGAUCCCAAUACAUCAACGGCAGGCUACCGCCGGUGUGCCAUCGGGAUUUGAGAGACUUCUUCACCAUUCACCAAAUCCCUCUCCUCCUCCACAGCCGCGAGCAGCAAGCUCCUUCCGUCACCGUCUUCAUAUUAGACAGCAACCGAUAGCAGCGCGUGCUUGCGGUGCUGGUGAUAGAGAUAGACGACCUGUGGACCCGCCUCCAAUAAUUCAGCUGCUUUUAACGGACUUUGACCCGAAAUCAGAGGAGGAUAGGGGCAAGCUUCAAGAUCCGCGGCUCACAGUUGGGUGUCUCCUCUACCCUGUGCACGAAUCCCGCUGGCGUGGCUCGGCAGAUAUGGGCUUGGACGACAGCAAAGCUCCCGGCCAAUCGACCCCAUUAUUAUCAGGAAAAGCUUUCGUUUCGCCCUUUCACGUCGACGAGGAGCCUGAUCCGGAUACCGCUCCGAUACACCCCUCAAGCGACGAUCGCAAGGCUACUAUAGCAGCAAUUGCGCAUAAAACGCAGGGACCAGCUUCUUCAAGGGCCCCAGCAUGCUUUUUCAUUUUCUCAGACCUCUCCGUUCGAACGGCCGGGAUUUACCGUCUACAAUUCCGACUUAUGGAUUGGGGCAUGGUAGAAGACACGGGACAGGUAUUUCCUGUCCUUGCCGAAGCAUGGUCUGACCCUUUUCGUGUCUAUCCGGCCAAAGACUUCCCAGGAAUGCUUGAUUCAUCAAUUCUUUCAGUGAGACUAAAGGAGCUCGGAUUUGUGGAGCUCAAAACAAGAGGCAAAGGUAUCGGGAAGGGGCGAAGGGUGGGAAAGAACGACUCAAAAAGUCAACAGGAGGACGACUGA